AUGAAACAGCACGGCGAACUUCAAUGUUUGGAAAAACAAAUGAGUGGUGCUCUGGAAAAUCAAAGACUCAAUUUUGAACAAAUGCUGAAAAAUCAAGAAUUCAGCUCUGGACAAGCUCUAAUACAGCUACGAGUGUCGUUUGAUCAAAAACUAAAAGCAAUGGAAGAUAAACUCACACAAGUAUUACAUUCAAAAGGUAUUGUUCUAAUUUACUAUCUAAGUGCUUUAACUCACGCAUACUAUUAG